AUGUCGGCAAGAAAAUUGCUUCUGUUGGUCGUUUUCCUCUUGGUGAAACGAACAAUUUCACAGGACAUACGAGCUGUAGAUAUAUCUAUUGUCAACGGUACACAAUUUCAUUGUGCUACCACAACAUGCUUACCAUUUAGUAAAAACGUCGUCUCGGAUAUUUUCAAUUGUCGAAUAAACUGUUUAGCAGUAUUUCAAUGCCAAGCAGCUCGUUUCAAUCAAGUCACUCUGGAAUGUGCUCUGUUUGGUGUUUUAUACGGCUUUAAUGGUACUAUGGUGUCUGAUAUAAAUAGUAUUACAAUGAUUGUCUCGACUGGAAUGCGAACUCCACCAGAAUCUGAAAGCAAUUGGGUUGUUAAUGGCGAUGGAGAAACCGGCCCAUGUAAUACGAUGAAUAAUGUCUUACAUCCAACAGAUUGGAAUUAUAGUGGGACAGUUACACAGGUGACAUAUAAUAAUUCGGUAGCAAAUCAAAAAACAACGGAUCCAGGACCGAGCAACCGUGGAAGGUGCCAUUUUUAUGGACAAACAUCGGCGGUAACUACGAUGUGGCAAGUUAUUGAUAUGACAACAGCAAUUACUCCUGCUCAACUUGAUAAUCAAACAAUGGCGUUCGACCUUUCGGCGUGGAUCGGUGGUUAUAUGGAUCAAGACGACAAUGCUCAAGUAUCUUUGACAUUUGUCAAUCAAGCAAAUCAAACUGUAGGUAAUACUACAGCACUUGGUCCAGUCUUAGCUGCAGAUCGGGCCGGUAUAACGUCUCUACUCUAUCGAAAAGCUACUGGACAGGUACCUGUUGGUGCUCGUUCUUUUAAAGUUUCAGUUACAAUGACUCGUGUGAAUGGCACGACUAAUGAUGGUGAUGUUGAUAACAUAGUCCUUCGAUUGUAUUGA